AUGGCGGAAUUCUCAGAGGAAAAAUUUCCAAUACUACUUCUCAAAACGAAGUCAGUUCCAAAGGACACAUACGAGGAAUUGUUCUCGACUUACGACAACCAUGCUUAUAUACCGAUUUUCGUGCCUGUCCUCGAACACCGGUUCAAGCAAAAUGCCCUAAACAAUGUGCGCCAGCACAUAAUCAACCGAGGACUGGUACCAAUAUCGAAGAAGGGUCUUGCAUCAUACGGGGCCUUGAUUUUUACCUCACAGCGGGCCGUGGAAGCCUUCAACGAAGUAGUAGAGGAUAUCCGAAAAGAAGGUAUCCAUGCACUUGAUGAACUCCUGCCUGAGAGUCUACCUCUCUACGUUGUUGGACCGGCUACCGCACGUGGACUGCGUUCGUUGAAUUUGUGCUGUCCCAUUCUGGGUGAGGAGACGGGUAAUGGAGAAGCCCUUGCAGGCUUCAUUCUGGAGCACUAUAACGCUCUGUACCCCAAUGAUCUUAAUCCACCAAUUCUAUUCAUGGUUGGCGACAAGAGGAGGGACAUUAUACCAAAAACUCUGCAGUCCGAAAAAUUGCCGUCGGGUCGAAGCGCCAAAGUGGACGAGUUAGUGAUAUACGAAACCGGCGAGAUGCAUUCGUUCAAGACCGACUUUACCGAGAUAUGGCGAAAGAACGCGGACAGCGGAUCGACGCGUCAGUGGAUUGUGGUCUUCUCGCCCACAGGUUGCCAGGCUAUGCUCGAAAGUCUGGGCCUCUUAGAUGUCAAGACUGGGAAAGCCAAAAGAAAUGCUGGUGUGAGAGAUAUCCUGAUAGUAACAAUUGGCCCAACGACCCGCGACUACCUGAUGAACGAGUUCGAGUUCACGCCAGACGUUGUUGCUGAGACGCCGAGUCCAGAAGGUAUUGCCGAAGAUCAAUCAUCCAACACAAUGGCAGGAACACGCUCAUCAGCACGUAAUGGAAGUAACAAUUCGAGUCCAGCUAAGAGCGAUAGCAUGGUUGGGAGCAAACGAAAGCCUGAGGCGGAUGCGGACUCGUCACCAAAGCGUGAUCGGAAGGUUGCUAAAAACCAGCCAACAAUCGACAGCAUGCUCGAGGUUGACAGCGAGAAGAAGGCGGAGAAUGAUACUCAAAUGCAGGAAGCCGCACGGGAUGUGGUAAACGAUGCGGAGAACAACACAUCUGAAGCCGACACAACCGAUCAGUCAGCGGAGAGUGAGAGCAACAAUGCCAUCGAGGAGAGGAGUGUAAAAGGGGAAGACUCAAAUGCUCAAGAUACAAAUGGCAAGACAGAAGCCAACGAUGACGGCGCGAUUGAAGAGUCGUCGCAGCGCGAGAAGAAGAUGCCGUCCAACAUCCUCGAAAAGGGCGUCAUCUACUUCUUUACGCGUAACCGUGUCAGCGUUAACGAGGCUGAGAGUGUUGGCGACCUUCAGCGUACAUUUUUCGUUCUUCGACCGCUACCUGCAGGCGCCAAGCUAGGUGAUGGUGCUAUUCAGGAUCUCAAGAAUAACCGUCUCUUUGCUCUGCCUAAGAAGGUUUUUCCCAAAUCGCAUACCGAUCGCUUCAUGGCUUUCGUAGAAAAGGCGAACGUCUCCAUCUCGGAUCUGAAAGACAAUUUCUUCGAGGGCUCGGAGUACAAUACGCAGACUAAAGGCACUCGUCAUACAGACCCGGUCACUCCUGUAGCAGAGGGCGUAUACCUCAUCACCCGCACCGAGGAUGCCACAACACACCUUGCAUACUCCACAACAAUUCCUUCCGAGAUCGGUCAAGUACAGGAAGACCUUGGAAUUAAGGAUCAGGGCAGUUUUGUCAUUAGUGUGAAGAAUCCUGAGCGUAGUGGCCCAGCAAGCGCCUCGCUGCCGCAAAAACCUGAUUUCUCAAAGGAGAUAAUCGAGGAGUUCCGUGGCCUUGCAUGGUCUGAAGUCAAACCGAAGUAUCUUGACCACGAGUACUGCCAGAUCUUGCUCAUCGGCGAGAGCACUGAGAAGGCUGUUGAGACUACGAAGAAGAAUGAAAGGCAAAACAAAGAAACGCCCAAAGAGGAAAUCGAGCAGCUCGAGCACGAAGACGAGCUUCGUGUACAGCAUCUGAAAGGUGAUGAUACAGUUUUCGAGGAUCUUAAGCUCAGCAAAGACGAAUACCCCAAGCUGCCGACUACUUGGUAGAGUACCUUCGAUGCCCAGUUGAUGUCUUCUGGUACCGUUGACACUUGGAGAACCAGUCAUUUUGACAAGAAGGAAUCGCUUCGCAAAAUUCGGCCGGUGGCAGCCUGUCUCUCUUUUUCUCCUUCUGUCUUGCACCUGUAACAGAUCCGCACAAUUCAUGUACUAUAUAGAGUCAUUGGUGAUUAUCAAAAAUUGGGAUACGCCGAGGCAAUAAUAUAGGGGAGCCGAGCAAACGGUUUUCAGAGUUGCUGCUUGUUAUAAUCAAUGCAACGGAAUGUGAGAAUCUAAACAAGAAGUAUCGUUCUUGCGUUCUUGCAAUAGCCGCUUUUCCAUUGAUCGAA